AUGGAUGGCGGGAACAACGCAAUUUGCUACAUGAUGCAGCCUUGCACCACAGAAGAGGAUGUCCACGCUCACUGUGGAUCGUUGAUCUACAGUUGCCAUGACGUACAAACCAUGCACAGCAAUGGUUAUUCGACACAAUCAAACUUUGAUUAUCGAAAUGUACACCUAGUCCUUCGACAAGAAAAAGACAAAGAGCCACAAACAAUUGUUGCUACGGAUCUCAGUGGGAUAGCCAUUGAUCCCCUCAUCAUGGACAACACCUCACCGGAUGAGAAUGCUCUAGGUGGAGGGACAGACUCUCAGUUCGAAGUUAACCGAUUAGAAACGACGAACAUUUUCGAUGCCACCCAAGCAGUGUUGAACGACCAACAAAUGAUGGAUUGCAUUCCUGCAGGCAUGAAUUGGUCCGUUACGGAGAGCCUGGUUCCUCAGAUAGACUUUAUGUCGCAGUUACCAGGAUGCCGGGCAACGGCGAUCGUCGACGAAGAAAAUACCAUGAUAUCCGAAUUAUGGGAUGAAAGUUUUGGGAGAAUGGAACCUCAUGUGAAUGGCGACGGGGUGCAUUCUGGCUGGACCUUGCCCCUCGCCAGCACUUGA